CGCGCCGAGUUCGCGGCUCUGCACGGCCCGGCGCUGCGCGCGUCCGGGGUCCCCGAGCGGUACUGGGGCCGCCUCCUCCACAAGCUGGAGCACGAGGUUUUCGAUGCCGGGGAGAUGUUCGGGAUCAUGCAAGUGGAGGAGGUGCAGGAGGAGAGUGAGGGCGAGGCGGCCCGGGAAGUGCGGAGGAAGAACCCCAACCCCAGCAGUGAGCUCUGCUACAAGGUCAUCGUGACCAGCGAGAACGGGCUCCAGGCAGCCAGCCCCAACAGCAUCUUCCUCAUCGACCACGCCUGGACGUGCCGCGUACAGCAUGCGCGUCAGCAGCUGCGGCAGGUGCCCGGCCUGCUGCACCGCAUGGCCAACCUGAUGGGCGUCGAGUUCCAUGGCGAGCUGCCCAGCGCCGAGGCCGUGGACCUGGUGCUGGAGGAGAUGUGGCGGUACAACCAGACCUACCAGCUGGCUCACGGGACGGCCGAGGAAAAGGUGCCGGUGUGGUACAUCAUGGACGAGUUCGGCUCCCGCAUCCAGCACUCGGACACGCCCAGCUUCGCCACCGCGCCCUUCUUCUACAUGCCCCAGCAGGUGGCCUACACGCUGCUGUGGCCCCUGAGGGACCUGGACACGGGUGAGGAGGUGACCCGAGACUUUGCCUACGGAGAGGCAGACCCCCUGAUCCGGAAGUGCAUGCUGCUGCCCUGGGUCCCCACCGACCUGCUGGACCUCAGCUCCUCCACGCCCGAGCCGCCGGACCAGCACUACCAGGCCAUUUUGGAGGAAAACAAGGAGAAGCUGCCGCUUGCCGUCAGCCCGGUGGCGUUUCCCCGCGACCACGUCUUCAGGGUCUACACGGACGUGCAGCAGGUGCUCAGCCACCUCACCCACCCACGCUUCACCUUCACGCAGAGCGAGGCGGACGCAGACAUCCUCUACAACUUUGCCCACUUCAAGGACUACAGGAGGCUCAGCCAGGAGAGGCCCAACGUGCUGCUGAACCAGUUCCCCUGUGAGAACCUGCUGACGGUCAAGGACUGCCUGGCUGCCAUCGCGCGCCGCGCAGGGGGCCCCGAGGGCCCAGCCUGGCUGCCCCGCACCUUCAACCUGCGCACCGAGCUGCCCCAGUUUGUGAGCUACUUCCAGCAGCGGGAGAGGCGGGGCCAGGACAACCACUGGAUCUGCAAGCCCUGGAACCUGGCCCGCAGCCUGGACACCCACAUCACUCGGAGCCUCUGCAGCAUCAUCCGGCACCGCGAGAGCACCCCCAAGGUCGUGUCCAAAUACAUUGAAAGUCCAGUCUUAUUCCUGCGGGAAGACGUGGGGAAGGUCAAGUUCGACGUCCGCUACAUCGUGCUGCUGCGCUCGGUGAAGCCCCUGAGGCUGUUCGUGUACGACGUGUUCUGGCUGCGGUUCUCCAACCGGCCCUUCGCGCUCGAUGACCUGGACGACUACGAGAAACAUUUCACCGUCAUGAACUAUGACCCGGAAGUGGAGCUGAAGCAGGUGCACUAUGAUGAGUUCAUCCCAGAGUUUGAGAAGCAAUACCCAGAAUUCCCUUGGAAGAGCGUCCAGGGAGAGAUCUUCCAGGCCUUCACGGAGCUGUUCCAAGUGGCCUGCGCCAAGCCACCACCCCUGGGCCUGUGCGACUACGCCUCAUCCCGGGCCGUGUACGCCAUCGACCUCAUGCUCAAGUGGGACGACCGUCCAGAUGGUGAGGGCCCCCCCCAGAUGGUGAGGGCCCCCCCAGAUGGUGAGGGCUCCCCCAGAUGGUUAGGGCCCCCCCAGAUGGUGAGGGCUCCCCCAGAUGAUUUCAACAUCGGGAUUUGGGGGCACGCUCAGACCACAGCAGGUCCUAACCCAAAGCUGGGUUUCCCAGCGCUGACUCUGUCCCAGCGGAGCGCCGUGGGGACGGGCACGGAGCUUGGGCCCAUCUCGGCUUCCCGGGCCAUGCCAGGAGCUUUGUCCACGCGCUUCUGGGGCUUCAGCAAGCUGAUGCAGGAGGCGCAUGCUGGCCGCUGGCCUGCGCAGUGCCGCCCCCUGGUGGUGAUGGAGCUGGUGACAGGAAGGCAGGGGCCCCCUGGGCCCCUCAAGACCGGCGCUCACACCAGGUUGUUCAACCAGAUGCCUAACGGGACCUCCGGAAAGCAGCAGGGGGCGCUGGCCAAGGUGCUCGCGGCCGCCAGGCUGCAGGUUCCUGUGAGCAAAAUCAGUCCGGCGUCAAAUCGGGCCGGAGUCGAGGGUGAGCAACAAGGUGGUGGCCCCUGA